CUUUAAAACCCUUUAGCAUUUUCCAUCUUCAGCGAUUUCGAAAUCCGAAUCAAUGGCUUCUUCUCUCGUUCGAACGCUUCAAAGAGUUUGUACAUUGAAACGGAACCCGAGACCGUUAACCGCACUCGCCGCCACCGCGCGUUUUGAAGCCAGAACCUACGGCGCGGAACCAGAACCACUGACCAAAUCGCCCUUCGACUCCAACAUCAUUCGAAUACUCCGAAACGAAAUCGAGUACCAACAGGAAUACGCGCCACCACACCAGCCUGAUACUAAAUUCAAUUCGUUUACGGUUGACGAGAGACGUGGCGAGCAAGUGGUUACCAUUAAAGGGAAGUUUGGGGAAUGUGAGGAUAUUAGAAUUGAGGCGACGAUGUUUGAUGGGUGCGAACAUGUUCCUGCGUAUGGGGACGAUAGUUCUGGAGUGAAUGUGCGUCUUCACCUUAGUUUAAUUGUGGAUAUAUCGAAGGGGGAAGGUGAAAAUGAGUUAGAAUUCGUGUGUUCAGCAUGGCCUGACUCUUUGAAUGUUGAGAAAGUUUUCUUGUUAAGGCGCGGUCGAAUGGCGGCUAGACCUUACAUUGGACCUGAUUUCAGGGACCUGAGUGCUAAGGUUCAAGAGAAGUUUUACGCGUACUUGGACGAAAGGGGAGUGAAUGAUGAGCUUGCGGUUUUCUUGCAUGAAUAUAUGAUGAACAAGGAUAGGAUUGAGCUUCUGCGGUGGAUGGAUAGUCUCAAAUCUUUUGUGGAUAGAUAGAUAGGUAAGAUUGGCAUUUUUCAGCUAGUAAUUGUUGUGAUUAUUAAGUUUUGACAUUGGCAUUUGGUAUCAAUUUAUUUAUUUGAUUCAAAUGCAUUAAGAAUGUUUCACAUUGGGAGGCAAGGGUAGGGCAUAAUGGUGGUUCUGUUUCCUUUUGUGGUUAUAUGAUGAAUCAACGAUGACCAAAUAAAGAUCGAGAGUUGAACUUCAAGGGUGGAUGAAUUGUUCAAGUCUUUUGAAAAGUAGAUUGGUAAAUCUAGGGAACUAAUAGUUUAUGUAACACUUCUAGUCUUCAUACUGUGGAAAUUAACUCUGUAAAAUUUCGUUUGAUUUGUAGUGUUUGCAUCAUUUUCCUUAUUUUCUAAAUCAUGCAAGACAACCUUAUGCAA